AAUAAUCACUAAUCAAAUUUACUCAUUUAGCCGUCACCUCUGAAUCUUCUUCUCCGAUCUUCAAACAUUCCGGCCGCCACCGAGUUCUUAGCCGUUACAAUGUCUUCCUCUAUGAACGUAGCGACGAUGCAAGCACUGACUUUCUCUCGCCGGCUUCUCCCUUCUGUUGCUUCUCGUUAUCUCUCUUCUUCUUCUGUGACCGUUACUGGAUACUCCGGUAGAAGCUCGGCUUACGCGCCUUCUUUCCGUUCGAUUAAAUGCGUCUCUGUUUCUCCGGAAGCUUCAAUAGUAAGUGAUACAAAGAAGUUGGCAGAUGCUUCUAAGAGUACAAACCUUAUACCAAUUUACCGCUGUAUAUUCUCUGAUCAGCUUACUCCUGUUCUUGCUUACCGUUGUUUGGUCAAAGAAGAUGACCGUGAAGCUCCUAGCUUUCUUUUCGAGUCCGUUGAGCCUGGUUCUCAGAUGUCUAGCGUUGGUCGUUAUAGCGUUGUUGGGGCUCAGCCUGCGAUGGAGAUCGUGGCAAAGGAGAAUAAAGUUAUUGUAAUGGAUCACAACAAUGAAACCAUGACUGAGGAAUUCGUCGAAGAUCCAAUGGAGAUCCCAAGAAAAAUCUCUGAGAAAUGGAACCCUGAUCCUCAACUAGUUCAGGACCUUCCAGAUGCGUUUUGUGGUGGGUGGGUUGGUUUUUUCUCGUACGACACUGUUCGUUAUGUUGAGAAGAGGAAAUUGCCAUUUUCAAAGGCCCCUGAGGAUGAUAGGAACUUGCCAGACAUGCAUCUUGGUCUGUACGACGAUGUAGUUGUAUUUGAUCACGUGGAAAAGAAAGCAUAUGUCAUUCACUGGAUUAGACUAGAUGGGAGCCUUCCUUACGAAAAGGCAUACAGUAAUGGAAUGCAACAUUUGGAGAACUUGGUGGCCAAGUUACAUGAUAUUGAGCCGCCAAAACUGGCUGCAGGUAACGUGAAUCUUCAGACACGACAAUUUGGGCCAUCUUUGGAUAAUUCAAACGUGACAUGCGAAGAGUACAAGGAGGCUGUGGUCAAGGCCAAAGAACAUAUACUUGCAGGAGACAUAUUUCAGAUCGUGCUGAGUCAACGUUUUGAGCGGCGAACAUUUGCAGACCCCUUUGAAGUUUAUAGAGCACUAAGAGUUGUGAAUCCAAGUCCGUAUAUGGGUUAUUUGCAGGUUGGUGAUGGAGAGAACAUUUCUCAACAACUUUGCAUUUUGUACUUGUGGAUAAACCAUCAAUGCUGUUUUCGUUCUGUUAUUCAGGCUAGAGGAUGCAUUUUGGUAGCAUCAAGUCCAGAAAUUCUCACCAAAGUAAAGCAGAACAAGAUAGUGAAUCGGCCAUUGGCAGGAACCAGCAAGAGAGGGAAGAAUGAAGUUGAGGAUAAGAGAUUAGAAAAGGAACUGCUAGAGAAUGAAAAGCAAUGUGCUGAGCACAUCAUGUUGGUUGAUCUCGGUCGCAACGAUGUUGGAAAGGUUACGAAAUACGGAUCAGUGAAAGUAGAGAAGCUUAUGAACAUCGAACGUUAUUCCCAUGUUAUGCAUAUAAGCUCCACGGUGACAGGAGAAUUACAAGAUGGUUUGACUUGCUGGGACGUACUACGUGCGGCUUUACCAGUGGGAACAGUUAGUGGUGCACCAAAGGUCAAAGCUAUGGAACUAAUCGAUGAGCUAGAGCCAACGAGGCGUGGACCAUACAGUGGCGGUUUUGGUGGAGUCUCCUUCACUGGUGACAUGGACAUUGCUUUAUCCCUUAGGACAAUCGUUUUUCCGACAGCAUGUCAAUACAAUACAAUGUACUCUUACAAGGAUGCUAACAAACGGCGUGAGUGGGUGGCUUAUCUUCAAGCUGGAGCUGGUGUAGUAGCUGAUAGUGACCCGCAAGACGAACACUGUGAGUGCCAGAACAAAGCCGCUGGUCUUGCUCGAGCCAUCGACUUGGCUGAAUCUGCAUUUGUGAAAAAAUGAUUGUGCCCAAGAACAGAGGCUGGCUUUCUUUGAACUCCGAGUUCAUGUGUAUAAAACAGUUACAAGCAGAACAAAGUUUUUUCUUUUUCUUGAUUUUGUGAGAAUUGCAAUUAGACUCCAUUAAUGAAGCUCUGAAAAAUGUUACAAUAGAAACCAUGGUCAAUA